AAAAAAAAAAAAACCUCACCAACUGAGAAGACAAAAACGUGAGAGUAUGUAUCCGGAACUACUAAAUGAAAUAAUAGUAGUAUUGGUUUAAUUCCUUACCGACCUCGGCAACUAGAGAUGGAAUUAGUACUAUUACUACAAAUCCACAUCACUAAUUAAGUUGUAUAUAAACCCCUUUUUUAUCCCCUUCCUCUUCAGCAACCCAUUUUAAGUUGCCAAACAAACACACUUGUACUAUAACACACACACACAUAAACACAAUAGUAAUACAAAUAAUAGCAUGGAUAAUAUGCUCACUUCCGUGUUGAACUCUUUUCAAAUUACUAAUCCAAUAGCUAUGAUAGCUUUGCUGUUCAUAGCGCCCUUGCUUUUACUAGGCAUCAUCUCUAGACUAAGGCGAAAGCCGUACCCGCCAGGCCCAAAAGGCCUUCCUAUCAUAGGUAACAUGAUGAUGAUGGACCAACUAACCCACCGCGGCUUAGCCAAGCUAGCUCAACGCUACGGUGGUCUCUUCCAUCUUAAGAUGGGCUUCGUCCAUAUGAUGGUCGUCUCUAGUCCCGAGGAGGCUCGCCAAGUCCUCCAAGUCCAAGACAACAUCUUCUCCAACCGUCCUGCUACCAUCGCUAUCAGCUACCUCACCUACGACCGUGCUGACAUGGCCUUCGCUCACUAUGGCCCCUUCUGGCGUCAGAUGCGCAAGCUUUGUGUCAUGCGCCUCUUUAGCCGCAAGCGGGCUGAGUCGUGGCAGUCCGUCCGGGACGAGGUCGACUACAUUGUCCAUGCUCUUAAACAGCAUGCUGGCUCUCCUGUUAACGUUGGGGAGCAUGUUUUCAACCUUACUAAGAAUAUAAUAUACCGGGCGGCCUUCGGAUCCAGCUCCUCUGAGGGGCAGGAUGAGUUCAUAGCCAUCCUCCAGGAGUUCUCUAAGCUUUUUGGGGCGUUUAAUAUUGCUGAUUUUAUCCCCUUCUUCAGUUGGAUGGAUCCCAAUGGCCUCAACGACAGGCUAGCUAAGGCACGGGGCGCGUUAGAUAGGUUCAUUGAUCGGAUUAUAGACGAUCAUAUCACCAAGAAGAAGGCUAUGAAUGGACAUGUUGAUAAACAAGCAGAAGACGAUAUGGUGGAUGAUUUGUUGAACUUCUACAGUGACGAAACCAAAGUAAAUGAGUCCGAAGAUUUACAGAAUGCUAUCAGACUAACUAGGGAUAACAUCAAAGCGAUCAUCAUGGAUGUGAUGUUUGGUGGGACCGAGACAGUUGCAUCCGCAAUAGAAUGGGCAAUGACUGAAUUAAUGCGGAGCCCCGAAGAAAUGAAACGGGUCCAACAAGAACUUGCUGAUGUAGUCGGGUUAAGUAGACGGGUUGAAGAGUCGGAUCUUGACAAACUCCCAUUCUUUAGGUGUUGCAUCAAAGAAACGCUACGUAUGCACCCUCCAAUCCCCCUUCUACUCCACGAGACUGCUGAAGAUGCUGUUAUAGGAGGAUACUCUAUUCCUAAGAAGUCGCGGGUGAUGAUCAAUGCAUGGGCUAUUGGGCGAGACCCCAACUCGUGGUCCGAUGCUGACAAGUUCAAACCGGGAAGGUUCCUUAAAGAAGGGGUGCCCGAUUUCAAGGGAAGUAAUUUUGAGUUUAUACCAUUCGGGUCGGGUAGAAGGUCAUGCCCGGGAAUGGUGCUCGGACUAUACGCGCUAGAGAUGUGCGUGGCAAACUUGCUCCAUUGUUUUAGGUGGGAGUUACCGGAUGGGAUGAAGGCAAGUGAAUUGAGUACGGAUGACAUAUUUGGACUCACGGCUCCAAGAGCGACUCGACUGGUGGCGGUGCCGAGUCCGAGGCUGCUGUGCACGCUCAACUGAUCUCAUCAUUGAUCAUACCAAGGAUUGCAAUAAGGAAGGCAAUGUUGUCAAUUUGUAAUUGUUGAUGGUUGAGGCCUAGGAAUAUGUUUUAUACUCUAUCAGUAAUAUCACUCUUUUUUUUUUUUUUUUUUUUUUUUUUUUUUUUUACUGCUAGUACUUUAUUUUUGCCCGCCAGAGUGCGUGGGAGUAUCAACUAUCAAAGGCGAAGGCUGCUCUCUGAUUUCUUAUUUGUGGAUAUAUUAUUGCAUACUCCGUAUAUAUGUUCCCCUCAAAUUUAUUUCAUUCAACUAAUAUAAUAAACAUGCUCUUCAUUUUCAAAUCAA